AUUGCUGGCACAUGAGAUAACUCUAGAGGACCUGAAAGGGGAGAAGAAGGGGGCUCUUCAGCUGUUCGCGUUGCUGCUGGGAGCACCGGAGGAAACAUCAGAAAGGUGGAGGAGGGGUGGGAAGAGGAGGAAGAAAGGAGCACGAGUACCAGCACCAGCACCAGCAGCAGCAGCAAUAUCACCACCAAUUACAGCAGCACCGACAACUGCAGCAAAAGCAGCAGCAGCAACAGCAAUGGCAGCACCAGUAGCAACAACUACUGCAGCAACAACAGAACCAUCAACAACAACAGCAGGAGCAGCGGCAACAGGAGCACCACCACCUGCAGCAGCAGCAGUUGGAGGAGGGGCAGAGCCGAAAGGGGAUCCAGACCUGUGGUAUGUACAAUGAGAGCUUGCUGCAGGCGUUGGCAGGGCAGAGUCCG